CCUUAUCUAACCAAUCAAUGGACUCUCUGGGUGGGGUGGGGUGUGGUGUGGUGUGGCGUUGAGUUGAGUUUAGAGAAGAAGAAAGAAGAAUGGCGUCUCUGGCACAGCAAAUUGGUGGACUGAGAUGCCCACCACUUUCCACAAGUCGAGUGAGCAACAACUCGACGAGACAAAACCAGAAGAAACCCAAUUCGUUGAGAGUGGUAUCGGCAGUGACCAUAUCGAAUGCACAGACCAAAGAGAGAGAGAAGCUCAAGGACAUGUUCGAGGAAGCCUACGAGAGGUGCCGUACGGCUCCAAUGUCCGGCGUCCCCUUCACCAUCGAGGACUUCCACUCUGCCCUCGACAAAUACGACUUCAAUUCCGAAAUUGGCACCAAGGUAAAAGGAAUGGUAUUCAAAACAGAUGCUUACGGAGCACUAGUUGACAUGACUGCGAAAUCUUCAGCAUUCUUACCUGUCAGAGAGGCAUCCAUUCACAAUAUAAAGCAUGUGGAAGAGGCAGGGAUAGUUCCUGGUUUGCAAGAGGAGUUUGUAAUCAUAGGUGAAAAUGAAGCCGAUGAUAGCUUGAUAUUGAGCUUACGGUCAAUCCAGUAUGACCUUGCUUGGGAGCGAUGUAGACAGCUUCAAGCUGAAGAUGUUGUUGUCAAGGGUAAGAUUGUUGGUGCAAAUAAAGGUGGAAUUGUGGCAAUGGUGGAGGGCCUUCGUGGGUUCGUUCCCUUCUCACAGAUAUCAACAAAAUCAACUGCGGAAGACCUUCUUGAUAAGGAUCUUCCACUUAAGUUUGUGGAGGUGGAUGAGGAACAGACUAGACUUGUCCUCAGCAACCGCAAAGCCAUGGCUGACAGCCAGGCACAGCUAGGAAUUGGUUCUGUUGUUGUUGGAACCGUUCAGAGCCUGAAACCAUAUGGCGCCUUCAUUGACAUCGGUGGAAUCAAUGGCCUUCUCCACGUUAGUCAGAUCAGUCAUGACCGUGUCUCUGAUAUCGCAACGGUACUUCAACCUGGUGACACUCUCAAGGUCAUGAUACUGAGCCAUGACCGGGCGAGAGGCCGGGUGAGUCUUUCUACUAAGAAGUUAGAGCCUACUCCAGGGGAUAUGAUUCGCAACCCAAAGCUUGUUUUUGAGAAGGCGGAGGAGAUGGCUCAGACAUUCAGGCAAAGAAUAGCUCAAGCAGAAGCUAUGGCUCGUGCUGACAUGCUGAGAUUCCAGCCUGAGAGUGGAUUGACCCUGAAUGCUGACGGGAUUUUAGGUCCACUUACUACAGACUUGCCUGCUGAAGGCCUAGACUUGAGCGAUAUUCCUCCAGCUGAAGAUUCUUGAUCAGAAGAAGUUACAUAAAUCCUCUUGCUUUCUCCUUCUUGUACACACAAGUUACUUUGUUUUUUUUCUUUUCAAGGGUUGUUGAAAAAUGUUUUUACUUUAGCCUCUCAGCUAAAUAGAUUACAUUUUUCAUUCUCACUAGAUCAAUGUUCCUUCUAAUCCUUGAUCUAUAUUUGCUUUAUAGCAACAUCUCUCUCUAAUGGUAUGAAGUGUUCCCAACUGCAAAGCAGAGGCUGCUCAUGGAUGAUGCCCUUACCAGAGCACUUGUGAGCUGUUCUGAAUGGAUUUGUCUAGUUGCUUGAUUUGCAGAUCAAGUGGCAUUAUGUUAUUUAA